GUGCACAGCACCAUGUUUGGUUGACCGAAUCCUUAUCGGCCGACGCGACUUAUCAGCUGCCAUACAAACUGCAGGCCUUUCAGCAUUUUCUUCAGUCUCUGACCGCAGCUCUCGGCGUCCGUGUACAACCUGAUCUCAGACAAGGCGUCACUAACUCGUUCCACCAGACGACAGAUCUCUUCCAGCGUCGAACGGCGAAAGACGACGGGCGAAGUGCAAAACUAUGAUCUUAUCUGGGUAGGAGCACCUUUUCACCCGGAAUAAGCUGAGGACCGCUCGGAGACUCCUGAACUGUGAUAUACUUCGUCGUUUUCCAACUCAACGAUUAGCCAUACUCUAAGGACUGGACAAUGGUGCGACUCAACAGGCGCCUGCUGCCCAUCAAGGCACAUUUCUUCUUCUUUAUGGCGGCCAUGGGACCCAUACUGCCCCAACUGCCGGUGAUUGGCAAGCAAAUCGGGGUUCCCCCGGAUGUAAUGGGCUACAUAAUGGCCAUUUUGCCCAUACUUUAUGUCCUGGCCAAACCCCUGGUGGGUUUUCUGGCUGAUUAUUUUGCGAGCCUGCGCAAGUUCAUCUUUGUCUCUCUAAUCCUGAUCAUGACCCUGGCCUUUGCUGGAUUUUACUUCCUGCCGGACAACUCACAUUUGAUCCCCUUGGAGGAGGGCAGUGCCCAAUGGAAUGUGACGGUGCUGGAGAGUCCCCGCGACUGCAUUGCGAAUAUAUACUCAUCUGAUGCAUUCUGCCAAACCACGCACCAGGCGAAAUGCGUUCAGGAGAAGGAGGAACUCUCCGUUCUGAUUGUGGCCCACGAGGCGGGGCUCAAUCUCAGCCAGAACCUGCUCCAUGGCAACGAGUCGCAUCACAUUUGCCUCACUCAACCGGCGACCAGUGAAUGGACCAAUGCAUCCUGUGAAGUGCGUCCUGUGGACAGCUGUAUUUACGGAGCUGGCAAGUUCUGGCUUUUCGUGUGCCUGCUCUGCAUUGGAAUCGUCGGCUUCAAUGUGACCAACUCCAUAUCCGAUGCCUGUUGCUUUGACCUGCUGGGCGACGAGGAGCAGGGCAAGUACGGAGCCCAACGGGUGUGGGGAACCAUUGGCUUUGGAGCCACCGCCCUGCUCGCCGGCAUCGUGGUCAACUGGUGGACCUCGGACGCCGUUAAAAGUAUGACACCCGCCUUAAUCAUCAUGUGCGUGUUCAGUUUGCUGGAUCUGUUCAGUGUGUCCAAGCUGAAGCUGCCCAAGCUGGGAGGAUCCGAGUCCAUUUGGAGCGAUGUCUGGCAACUGGUUCGCCAGCCACCCAUCGUGGUCUUCCUGUUCUUCGCCACCAUGGCUGGCAUUAUUGACUCGUUCAUCAUAUACUUCAUGUUCUGGCACUUGGAGCAGGUGGCCGAGGCCACUGGCUACAUGCACCAGAUCAAGCUGAUCGAGGGUCUCGUGGUGGCCGCCGAGUGUCUGGCGGGUGAGGUGCCCUUCUUCUUCUACAGCGGCAAAAUCAUCAAGAAGCUGGGCUAUGUCCACUGCAUGAGCAUGUGCUUCUUCUUCUACGCCGUGCGGCUGUCGCUGAUCGCCUGGAUACCCAAUCCCUGGUAUCUGGUGGGCGUGGAGCUCUUCUUCCAGGGCAUCACCUAUGCCCUGUGCUACACCUGCAUUGUGGCCUACGCCUCGGCGGUGGCGCCUCCAGGUACGUCGGCCACUGUCCAGGGAUUGAUGGCUGGAAUGGAUGAUGGUCUGGGCUUCUCCAUUGGAUCCCUCAUUGGUGGACUGAUGUUCAAGAGCCUGGGAGGACGAGAAAGUUUCAAGUACUUUGCCAUCGCCGCCAUUUGCACCUGCGUGGCACACAUUGUGGUGCGUCCCACGUCGAGGAAGCGGCAGUUCCUGCCCAAGCAAGGCUACCAGCAGCCCACGGAACAAGAGAUUAAACAGCCCCCAGCUCAGGAACUUCAGGAGAUUCGUUAGUUGUAAGGAUAGUCUAUAUGUAGUAGUGUUUUGCAUAUUUUGUUGCAUAUUUUUGUACGUCUUUUUACGACAAUAAAACGAGUUGUCCGAAAGUUGAA